AUGAACAGCGAAGCUAGACACAUAAUUUUGAGUGGACUUCGUGAUGAGCAGCUAUCAUUAAUAAAUAGUACAGAUGAUGCAUCUCAAAUCUUAAGAGAUAUUGAGCGUGUGUAUGGAGAAUCUAGCAUAAACUGCUUCAGAAACUUGGUGUGUAAAUUAACCAGAUUGAGGAUGAAUUCAAAAGAGGAAUUCACAGAGCACAUCAACAAGUUUACUGAGAUUAUUCAAAGAAUUGAUCUGACUCCCAAAGCUUUUGAUGAAGAUACAAAGAUAGCAUUUUUGUUAUCAUCACUUGGACCACGCUUUAGCGCAUUUGUAAGUUUGAUGGAUCAUAGACAAGGUCUGACUUUUAAAGACUUGAUUGGUUAUUUAAAAGAAGAAUGCAGAGAUAGAGCUGAAUCUCCAGUGAGAAAUGCUAAAAUCAAGGACAGCAGUUAUGCAUCUAGGCAAUUUACAAAGUCCAAAGAGAUGCCUAAGAAAGUGAUUUGUUUCAAUUGUAACAAAGAAGGACACAUUGCAAAGAAUUGCAGGGCUCCUAAAGCAAAGAAACCCCACCCCUUUCAGCCAAAAGUGGAAAAGAAGGGGAAAUGGCUACUGCAAGAAAGGAAUUUAGCUGUCCAGAAUCGUGAAAAUAAACGUAAUAAAUGGAUUUUAGAGUCAUGUGCCAGUCCUCGCACUUUUCAUCAUAAAAGGGACUAUUUUAAUGAGAUCAAUGAGAUAAAUGAUGAAGAAGGAUCUGAAAUUGAGAUUGCAGAUGGCAACAUUGUUAAAGCAAAAGGUGCAGGUUCCAUGAGUCUGAAAUGCAAUAUAAACAAUGAAUGCAUUGAGAACACAAUCUCUAGAGUUUUGUACGUUCCAGAGCUGAGCUGCAAUUUAAUCAGCGUGUCCACUUUGGACAAGAAAGGUUUCCAGAUCACAUUUGGAAAUGGAGAAUGUAAAGUGACUAGAAAUGGCAAAGUGUUUGCUCAAGCAAAGCUAAUAAAUGGUGUAUAUGAGCUUGAUCUUUCAGAGAACCAGUCUGCAAAAGUGGCACAUUCCAGCCAGAAGGAUGAGGCAGAUCUGGACCUGUGGCACAGAAGGCUUGGACACAGGGACACUAACGUCAUUCUGGAUCUACAGAAAAGAGAUCUUGUAAGAGGUUUGCAGGUAAAGCAGAGCAACAAAGCUCCAGCAAAGUGCAUAAGCUGUAUUACUGAGAAGGCUGUAAAACCUUCAUUUCCACGUUGUGCAGAACAAAGAAGCAACAAAGUGCUUGACAUAGUGCACACUGACAUAUGUGGACCCAUGAAUGUUCCCUCACUGGGAAAGAAUAGAUACAUUUUAAUAUUUCUGGAUGACUUUUCAAGAUUUUGUGUUGUAUAUUUCCUCAAAGAGAAGAGUGAGACAGUGGACAAGCUCCAGGAAUACAUUGCCAUGGUCAAGAAUAAAUUCCAGAGAGCUCCAGCUGUGUUAAUGAGCGACAAUGGAGGUGAGUACUGCUCAAAUGAAAUGCAGGCUCUCCUGGCCAAGGAAGGAAUUGCACACGUAACCACAAUUCCUUACACACCACAGCAGAAUGCCAUAGCUGAAAGAAAGUUUAGGUCCAUUAUGGACAUGACAAGGUGCAUGCUAAAGGAUGCAUGUUUGCCACAGAAGCUGUGGGCCGAAGGAGUAUACACGUCGGUCUAUUUGCAGAAUAGACUGCCAACUAAAGGAGCAGAGCGCACACCAUUUGAACUUUGGCAUGGGAAAGCUCCCAAUCUGUCGCACAUACGUGUGUUUGGAAGUCCGUGUUACUUCCACGUGCCCAAGGAACACAGACACAAGCUUGACUCCAGGGCAAAAGCAGGUAUCCUUGUGGGAUAUGCCUCUGGAGGCAAAGGAUACAGAAUUAUGGACUUACAAACUGGUAAGACAAAUGCAUACCAUGCGGUUUAUGUUGAUGAAUAUGGAAAAGUAGACACUAAGAACACUGUUGUGGAUUCUUCAGAUGAGUCAGAAAGGACUCAAGAGUUUGUAUAUUUCCCUUUUGAGACCCCACAAAGUAAUUAUCUGCCUUCGAGUGUUACAGCGCCCCCUACAGGCGACGCACCAGAAGACGCAGAGGACCAGAACCCUGGCGGCACCAGAGACGAAGAUGAGGACUCAGAUGGGGACAUGCCUGCGUUGGAGGAGGAUGAGGAAGCUGAUGCGGUCGCACAACCAGAGGUCAGGAUCUCAUCCAGAACCAACAAAGGUGUCCCACCAUUACGGUUGUCCUACUUUGCAGGGUCGGCGUUUCCACAGGAACCUUCCACUUGGGAAGAGAUACAGGAGAUGCCAGCUGCAGAAGCCAGUCUCUGGAGGAAGGCCGCGCAGGAGGAGAUGGAUGCACUGCAUCAGAACAAGACCUGGACACUCACUGAGCUGCCUCCCGGUAAGAAGGCCAUUGGCAGUAAAUGGGUUUUCAAGGUUAAGAAGGGGUCAGAAGGAGAAGUGCAGCGCUACAAAGCUAGACUUGUAGCACAGGGAUUUUCACAGCGUUUUGGUGAAGACUAUGAUGAAGUUUUUGCACCAACGGUGAGGUACAGCAGCGUAAGAAUGCUUUUAAGCAUUGCAGCCUCAAAGAAAAUGAGGGUGAAACACAUUGACAUUGCUACCGCCUUUCUACAUGGGCAGAGUUCUGAAGAAAUUUACAUGAAACAGCCCAAAGGUUUUGUAAAAUCACAUGAAGCACAUUUAGUGUGCAAACUCCAGAAAGGACUUUAUGGACUUAAGCAGGCUGCUAGAGCCUGGAACCAGAAGUUGCAUAAAAUGCUGACGCAACUUGGGUACAAGCAAGGCGACGCUGACAAGUGCUUGUAUAGUAAGUCAAAUAAUGGACAAUUCUCAUAUAUCUUAGCUUUUGUUGAUGACCUGAUUAUUGCCACAGCAAGUGAGAAAGACUAUACACAGAUAGUAAAACACCUUAGCAAAGAGGUGGAGGUCAAGGAGCUAGGAGAUGUCCAGUACUACCUCGGGAUCCAGGUGGAAAGAGAAGAGGACGGCUCAUUUCUUCUCAGCCAAAGACAGAAGAUCCACGAGCUAGUUGAGCACAUGCAGAUGCAAGACGCACAUCCAGUUGCUACACCGAUGGCUACUGACUUCCUGAAGAAUCAGCAGGAUUCGAAGCAGUUGCCAGACAACAAUGACUACAGGUCGGCGAUUGGUAAACUUUUGUAUUUAGUUACCACAUGUAGACCUGACUUAGCUAAUGCUGUGGGGAUUCUUAGCAGAAAAGUGAAUUCUCCCACUGAGCAUGAUUGGGCAGGUGUAAAGAGGGUGGUGCGAUAUUUGAAGGGUACCAUGAAUUGUAAAUUAAGGUUACCAGCCGUCAGAGACCCUAAGUUGGUUGGGUAUACUGAUGCGGAUUGGGCUGGGGAUAAUGCUGAUUAUAAAUCAACAAGUGGUCAUGUUUUUAUGUUCGGUGAUGGACCUGUUGCAUGGGGCAGUUAUAAACAGAGCUGUGUAGCAUUAUCUUCCACAGAAUCAGAAUACGUUGCAGCAACAGAAGCCUGCAGAGAGAUCGCCUGGCUUGAUCAACUCAUGAAGGACUUUGGGUUGGUGAGAAAAGGGCCUGUCAGCUUGCUAGAGGACAAUCAAAGUUGCCUGAAGCUGACGCAGAGUGAGAAGUUCCUGGCCAGAACAAAACACAUUGGGGUUAAAUACCACUACAUACGCCAGAUGAUCCAGGAUGGACUUGUGGAACUAUCCUACUGCAGCACCCGAGAGAUGACUGCUGACAUCCUGACGAAACCCCUACCAAGAGAGAGUUUCCAGAAUCUACGUGUCAAGCUGGGACUCUGGGUGGUUAAAUAAAGUUGUUUAUGUUUUGUAUAAUGUUGUAUUGCCUGAGAAGUGGUAUGUGGGAUGUAAACACAGGAGCAGUCAAUGACAACAUUCCUAGAGUGUACAUGUUAGAACAUGGGGAGGGAUGUCAGUCCAGCAAGCAGGUAAACUUCCUGGGGACGGACUUCCUCUGCAUGUGACCAGAGGUGGGUGUGGCCUCACCUGUGCAGGUAAAUGACAAAAGCACAGGGCAGGCAGCCACUCUCUCUCUCUGCCAUUUUCCUUCGAUGAGGAAGCAUCUAAAGAUGCUCUCUUGGGUCUCAGCCAAGAGAGGAGGAAAGGACUAUCUUGCUAUAAGAUAGAUUCUGAAUGUAUGUAACCUUUUAAGCUGUCUGCCUUCUGGAAUCAUAUUGUGAACAGAACGUGAGUAAACUCUUUUAUAUUUUUAUAAAGACUGUGUUGUGUCUUGUAUUUUAAGAGGGAACAAAGGGAAAUUACCAGAGUAAUUAUUAUAGAGGUUCUAGCGAACCUGUGCACACGUUACCGUUGCGAACUUAAAGGGGAAUGUCUAUAAACUCUGCUGAUAUUUUGGGAACUUGUUAGCACAAGUUGGAUAAGGAUAUAAUUAGUCAAUAUAUCCUCUCCUGCACCCCAGAACAUUCCCACACAAAUUACGUUAACUUUCCCAGCUUCUUGUGUUUGUAGGGUUGCCGCCCUCUAGGCUGCCGCGCGCGACGAAGGCUUCUGUGAAACCGGAAAGCCUGCACACUUUGCACACUUUCUUGGCCCAAAGGUCCAAUGGACGAUCCCAGCAGGUCUCUUUCAGAUUUUUUUCCGGGGUGGGGAGAAGGACUGGCGUGGAAGGGGCCAGAAGCCAGAACAGCCCCUCUCUUCUCCAUUCGGCUAUUGAAGCUUCCUUCUCGAACCCUUGACUGGGAAAGGGACACGUUUGAGCUCCGGGUAUUGGGAACAGCGGAGCUUCAGCCGAGUCACAAUGCAAAAUGGUUCAGGCACACACGCACCCGGCCCCAGUUCAGAAGAACUCUGUGCUGCUCUCCCAGAAACCUCUGCCUGCCCCAGUGACUGCUCUCUCAGCCUAACCUACCCCGCAAGGCUGUUGUGAAGAUAAAAAAGGGGAGAGGGGGAAAACACUAUACCGCCUUGAGCUGCUUGCAGGAAAGGUGGUCUAUCCAUGCGCCCAGUUUGGGAGAACAAGAAGGCUGCUCUGCACAGCGCUGCAGCCCGGGACGGCCCUUUCUGAGCUGCAGCUCCUGCGUCCUGGCGCGCUGGGUGACGGAUUCGCUCCUGGGAAUGGGGAACUGGCGGCCGGUGAUUGAUUCUCUGUCUCCUCGCAGCUCUCACUGCUCCCUUCACCCUCCGCGGCUCCUGCCUGGAGAUGGUUCACAGCUUUGUUUUUCCCGGGGUUGGCACUUUAAAUAAUCAAACCCUUGAGUGAGUGAGAAGAAAGAUAUUUCCCCUCUGCUUCUCUGUUUGAGACUCACCAGCGAGGAAAAGGCACAGAAAUGCGCUUGGAUCUCUCUCUCUCUCUCUCUCUCUCUCUCUCUCUCUCUCUCUCCUCCACUUCUUUGAAGGCUGCGGUCCCUGAGCGCAUUUAUUUUGACGAUUCAGGCAGCAUUCCUUCGAAUCUCCUUUACCAGGGAGUAAGCCCCGCUUGGUUUCAGUGGGCUUUGCUCCCGAAUAGACAUGACGAAGGAAGAUUGCAGUCUGAAUCCUGCAUCAUACAUCCUCCGCCCAUCCUAAACGAGAUCAAAUCGCUUCCGAAGCUGAGUGGGGGAGGAGGCUGCGUGUGCAAGCGGGAAAGUGAGAGUGCCGGAACAACACUUUCGUUCCCACUUUCCUUGGGCGCUUUCCACGGACAUGGGUUUGGUAUGCUGCUCCUGCGACAGCCUGCGUGUCUGUCCGCUCUCCCCCAAAGUGGUGAGGUUAAACCACUGGUUAAGCGAGUCGUGUGACUGAAUGCCAGAGCAAUAGCGAAGUAAAGAUUCCCAACAUCUAGAAAUCUUUUCCCCCCACCGGAGGCGUCGGUAGACUCUGUUUCUACGGCUGUCCCUACCAAAUAUUUUGGAAUUUGCCGCUUUCCAUAAAAUGUGAGGGGGCGCGUCACUGGCCAUUUAUUGUUGCUAUUGUUGUUUAGAGAACCGAGCACUUGUCAUAUCCUUUUAUUGGCCUUCAAGUUCAAAGGAGAAAUCCAAUCAACCCGGUGUAUCUGUUAUUGGGGUUAUUUUUAAAUGCUGCGAAUGAGGAGCUAGAAGCAAAACACGAGAUGGGACUAUCUUACACGGGAUCCACUGGGGAACCUGACCAGCCAAUGGGCUUUCAUCCAGCCCUGUUAUGGUCUCAAUUCCUGAAAUUCUGAGCCUCUCCUCGACUUAAGCAACAAGUGCCAUUGGAAGCCAGUUCCAUCCAUUUCAAAGGGGUAGUGGAAAAUUUAAGGAGAACUUAGCCGGGAGGGGGCGGAAAUUUGACCCUGCCACUUCAUGUUUGGGGGGGGGGGGGUUAUCAGUCAGCGUGACCCACGCUGAGCUCCAGCCAAACCACACUGAUCUGAAUGUAUUUCGUUCAGUUAGACCGAAAUCAGAUUAAACACCAGUGGCUGUGUGGUUCAUUCUUUCCCACUCCUUCCAGAGGUCUGAGGGCGGGUUAUUCUCCUUUGAAAGCCAAUAACAACUCUGAACUGUACUAUGUAAAUAGACAAAAGCUAACCUAGAAAAGGUCGACCAAUUUAUAAUCCGGACCAAAAAAAAAGCUAACACAGGGUUAAGACAACAAUGGCCCUCGCAAAGAGCUCUGGUCCAUCUAGGGCCGCAGGGGUCGUUCAUUAGUGCGGAUGGCGAACCUGGGAUACGGGUCGUUGACAGAUUAUAUUAUCUCGGUUCGUUCUACGGUACUUAAAAAGAGCCUUUGCCAGUUUAGAGGGAAGAGCAAAUGGGAAUUGCUAAAGAUUUCGCAAUAGUUUAGGGUGGGGAGAUUUAAAAAACAACAACAACCAUUAAGUGGUUUAAAAACAGCGAUGUCUCUCCGCCUGUACUCAAAAAAGAUAAGCUCUGACUCAGUAUCUUUCAUUCCGUGCUGAGAAAAAUGCUACCUGGAUUUCUUUGAGACGGGGCGGUUUGGCAAGGAAAAGAUGACGGUGUCCGGGUUUAAAAGGAACUUUCCAAUUAUCAGAACGGAUCGGACUUCUCAAGCAUUGCAAUUUAAACCACUGCAGUUUUAUGUGCUAUAUUACGGCAGAUCGGAAUAAAAUGGCAGAAACACGGGGAAACCCAGAAAGCGAUGGCUAGCGGUUAAAUAGGCACCUACCUGUUACUGCUUGUGUAGGAGCAGAAGGAGGCUUGGGCGCUUUUGAACUCUGUACCAUUUACCACUCUCCGAAGGCAAAGGUGAUUUGUCACUCUGCAAUUGAGUUCAGUCUAAGAAGGAAAAGGUAUAAACUUACCAAAGUCAUUCAAAGUUGAAUUCUGGAAUUAUUUGUCCGAAACUCUCUCUCUCUCUCUCUCUCUCUCUGUGUGUGUGUGUGUGUGUGUGUAAAGGAGAAGUAAACAUCCUUUACAAACCAUAUCCCAUACUGAAGUUAAACACACGCACACAGAGACACGAUCAGGAAACAAAAUAAUUUUGCUGACUUGGUUUGAUUCGGCACUUGCUUUUAACAGAGAAAUAUAUGGGUGCUAUUUUUAAAAUGAAGAUAUUUGGCAAUACUGUACUUUCCGGGCACUAUAUAGUCCAAUGAAUAAAGAAAUCAGCAAACAAAACAAACUUGGGCAUUGUGUGUGUGUGUGUGUGUGUGUGUGUGUGUAUGCAAGUAACUCUGCAUAUCCAAACUUUACAAGAUCCUUUAAAAAGGUAUAGAUUGCUGCACUAGUUUUGAAUGUUAAGAAAGUCACAUAAGCUGAGUCUGAAAUUCUAGAUGUUGCCCUUUUCAUGUACCAAGUAACCCUGUCCCUUAGAGAGGGUUAUGUUAACUAGGUUGUUUAAUACCUGCUGAAAAACUGCACGUGACACCAGAAGAGUGAUUUGCAACAUUUUGCUUCCUCUCCUGUAAUAUACACCGGUAAGUUUAUUGCAUUAAAUUUCAUCUGUUAGGAGCUGUCAUCAGAGCCAGAUGUCAAAAACGGCUCAGGCUGCCAUCUUGAGGCUGAGAUUCUCCCGGCGAAAGCGCAACUGGUCUCAGUGCGGUUUACUUCCGAGUCGAUAUUAUUAGCGUCAGCGUCUGCUCCUAUUUUCACUCGUAAUAAAGUCCCACUAAAACAAGUAAGUGGCUGAUAAGUAACACCCCCCCGCCGCCACCGCCUUUAAGGAUCGGGAGUUCAGUGGCGGGACCAGGGGAAAAAUAUCAGGGUGGGCACAGAAGGGAGAAAGUGUGUUUCUAAGUGGGGGACAAAGAAAAAUAGCAGCAUAUAUGAAUGACAGGAGUUCAGAAAUGGGAAGGGAAGUGGGAGGUGAGAUUUUUUUGGGGGUGUUGCUUGCUCCCCCCAGUCUCUGCGGGAAUUAGUUGCUUGGAGAGAAAGUCACCACCUCUAUAGGUUAUAUGGGUUAGUUGAAGUGUAGACAAAUGCACAAGCUUGGGCUUGGGUGCUAAAUAAAAUCUGAAUAUUAACUACGUGGAGAUUUGGAGAUGAGUUUUAUCCUACUCCAUGAACACAGUACUUUCAUUUUUUUGAAAUCAAAUGCGGUCCUUCUCUUAAGCUGUUUGCUGGUUGGCGUGCAUUUAAAUAGAUAAAGUAGAUGACACACAGAACUCCACUUUCCACUAAACUGUAUUGUUUGUUAUAUUUGCUUUUAGUAAAUCACUCGCCGUUUCUCUUACAACAAACCCUGUGAAGUAGGUUGAGCGACCGCUACUGGGCCAAACACCCUCUAACACCCUCUAAUCACAGUUUCUUUUAUUGCAGCUCCUCUUCAGAAUCGCUCCGGAUCAGACCCCCUAAUGGGGGACAAAAUGUUCUUAGGACGAAGUGUCUGCCAUCUUACAGCCUUCCUCCACCCCCUUGCAGUGAAGGGACAAUGAAGGAGAACCAAAGGGGCUGUUUAUUUAGUCGAAAAGAGUCCACUAAAGGGAUGCCUUUAGAAGUCCACUCUAUCCGGAGGGUUGGUUUUGGACCGACCUUAAAAACUCCACGAAAAUCCUUUUUGCUGCAUUGAGGAAUAAGGUGCAUGUCAAGCACUCUGUACACUGAAAAGUGUCGCAGAAGCAAUAACAUACAGUUACUACAUGAUCUAACGUAGCUGACUCUAAUCAACAACAGCUUAUGCCACAAUGAAAAAAAGGGUCAAGUCUUUGUGGUGCCCCUAAGACUCUUCUGUGGUUUCUACUGCCGGAACACAACUACUCUCCGUAAAUAAUAUAUACUAUGUCCAUAA